AUGGGCAAGGACAAAAAAGUUGAGCAAAACAAAGUAAUAGUUGUGGAAUUUAAGGUUUCGAUGCACUGCAACGCUUGUGAGAGAACCGUCGCCAAAACCAUAUCCAAGUGUAAAGGAGUGGAAAAGUUCAUUACAGAUAUGAACAAGCACCAGGUGGUGGUAACGGGUAGGAUCGAUCCGAAAAGAGUCUUGAAGAAACUAAAGAAGAAGACAGGGAAGAGAGUGGAGAUUGUGUCUAACAAGGAUGAGGAGUCCAACGACGAAUCUAAUGAAUCGGAUAAACUUGUUCUAAUGCACCCUUUUGUGCUUCAAAAUGAUUGUUGCAUAAGCACUGAAGCCUUGAUGAUGUUCAGUGAUGAGAACCCAAAUGCAUGUGCACUAAUGUAG